CUAUAAAAUCUAAAGUUUGUACUAAAAAAAACAAGACAUUUGCACAGUACUGUACAAAGUUAUGCUUCAAGGAUUUAACAGAGCUUCACUUAAAGCAGAAAAGGUUGAACACUAUUGCCUAAAAAAGAAAACCACAAUAAGUGGUCAUGCAAUGAGUCUGUGUGCAAGAUGCACAUCUUUCACUCUGUGGCAGGAUGAAGGCAUUGCACAUACUGCUGCUUACUGCAGCUUUCAGCAUCCACACGUUUAAAGCCACACGUCGAGAGGAAAUCAUCAAUGGCAAGAAAGCCAGGAAGAACUCUUUGCAGUACAUGGCAUCUGUGCAGUUGAAUAACAAGCACAAAUGUGGAGGAUUCCUCAUAAGCCCCAGCUACGUGCUCACUGCUGCCCACUGUGGCACAGAUAACCUUAGCGUGGUCCUCGGAACUCACAACAUUGAUGAGAAAAGGAAUACGCUGAGAAGAUAUGUAGUGAAAAGCAUGCACAUUCACCCAUCAUACAAGGAAAACCCACGUUAUGGGUCUGACAUCAUGCUCCUGAAGAUUUCAGAGCAAGUCAAUAAUAAAGAUGUGAAGGUUGCCAAAAUCCCAAACAAGCACCAACGGGUCAAGCCCAACAUUAAGUGCCAGGUUGCAGGAUGGGGAAAAAAUGGAAAACAGCAAAUGGUGAAUGACCUCAUGGUGGCUGAUGUUUCAACCAUACAUAUCGACGUCUGUAAGAAGCAGUGGGCCAAAGUGUUUCCACUCCCACCAAAUGUUCUGUGUGCAGGAGGCUACAAAACCAAAAGUGGAGCCUGCCAGGGUGAUUCUGGUGGGCCUCUGGUGUGCGGUCGUCUUGCAGUGGGCAUUGUGUCCUUCAAUUUAAAUAAAAAUUGUAACUAUCCAAAUGUACCAAAUGUCUACACUGCGAUUUCAGCUUACGCAGAUUGGAUUGACAAAGUGAUCAAAAGAGAUGCUUAAGGUGUAUUUUUUCCAUGUGUUGCUUAAUUUGAUAUCAUUUGAUUGCUUCAAAAUUUGUCAUUCUUAAAUAAAUAUACAGAGGCAGAAAAAAGUGAUUUCUUGAUUUUUCUUAACAGUCACAACUAAAAGCUGUUUCUGAUGCUUCUCCCUUGUUAACUGAAAGGUAAUAUGAAGUUCUCAAGUACGAUUUUUCCCCCUACUACUGUCAUCACUUGAUUAACAAAAAUAAAAGAAGCCCAAAUUCUUAAGAAAGGUGGGACAAAGUUCUGUUUUAAUGAGAUAAUAGUCUGACUCUAACAGAAACCUCACACUCAGACUGGAGAGCUGUUCUGCAGAAACCACACUAAAGUCAAACCACCACAGCACAAAACCUUUAAACACCUUUUAGGAGUAGGUGAAAAGCAAUUAUUUAAUCACAUAUAGACUCUCAUGUUAGUAUAUAAACAGAACAAUUGUUAUUAUGUGGUAUGUUAUUGCACUUGUAUCACUGUUGGUAUAUUAACAGCCACAUUCUGGCUGUGUGUAAUCUGCCAUUUGUUCUUAUAGCACUGCAUGAGCUCUCAUACUGGGCAUAUUUCAGACAAUUCACACAGUGCACAGAAU